UUACUAUCUAGUUCUCUAUAGUUAUGGUCCCCUCAUUGACACCGGAAGAAAAUGGGGGGAAGAGUGCGUUUUGAAUAGUAUGCUUUAUUAUUGGUUAGUCUUCUCAUUUAACCCAAUAGGAUGGCAGGCUGCUUAAAUUAGCCCUGCCUUAACUCGCCAUCUUCUGCUAGCUGGGUGGGUUGGUGAGCUGUGCUUUUCAUGUCGAAAGGGAUUUAGUUAUGCCGCAUUAUCAGACCUGGGAGGAAUUCACUCGCGCAGCCGAGAAGCUGUACUUGUCUGAUCCUAUGAAGGUGCGAGUGGUACUCAAAUACCGGCACUGUGAUGGAAAUCUUUGCAUCAAAGUGACAGAUGAUGCAGUUUGUCUUCUCUAUAGGACAGACCAGGCUCAAGAUGUAAAGAAGAUUGAGAAAUUCCACAGUCAACUAAUGCGACUCAUGGUAGCCAGAGAAUCCCGCAGUGUUGCCAUGGAGAUGGACUGAAUAGCUGGAGAUAAAAUGAAUGCUUGGUCAUCUUUCACAGGAAGAAAACCUCUUGGGUUUGGGCAAAUUUUGGAACAGAACAAAUGUGGCAUCAAGUGGAUUAUUAAAGUCUAAAAUGGGUUUUGUAAGGAUUUCCAGGCUCCAGAGUGGCUAGGAAAUGUUUUGCUUUCAUAAGAAAGCUUCUAUUUAUUUUUUUUAAUUUGAGCAAAUAAAUGUCUUUUACAGAAAAUUACUAAAGGUUAAAAUAUUUUAGGCCAUAUUUGGGCAUCUUCUUGUGUAAAUAUUGAGUGGUGUCUAAAAAAACAAGGUGCAUUGCAAGAUGCCAUUUAUACAGAAGGACUUCUGAUUACUUGUCUCAUUUGCUAACACAAAAAGAAUAAUUAGUUUCUGAAGUAAGCUUUAUGUAUUAAUAUAUUAGCACCUUCCAAAUAAAUUAAAAUUGCCAAAA